AUGUUCAGGAAGAUCCACUCAAUCUUCGGCUCGGGCCCGCAGAGGAAGGCAGAGGCCGAGAGCCCGUACUACGGCGGGGCCAGCCCGGCCGUGCGGCUCCUUCGCAGCAGCUCCAUGUACGUGGUCGGGGAGCACGGGGAGACGUUCAGCGAGUCCCUGAGGAAGCACAGGAGCGCCGGCAGCAUGGACGGCAGCGCGCACUGCCUGCAGCGCGAGGGGGACCGGGCCUGGAUGUCCUCGCGCGCCCAGGACUGCCUGCACUACUUGCAGGAGCUGCUGGCCCUGCGCAGGAAAUACCUCAGCAGCCUCGGUGACCUGAAGGCCGGGCGCGUCGUGGGGCUUUCCUCCACGUCUUCCAAGUCCUCCUCCAAGGGGGGCAAAAAGGCCUUCACCCGGUCGACUCCCCAGGAGACAAAGAAAGCAACCCCAAAGAAGUACUCGCAGUUCAGCGCAGACGUGGCGGAGGCCAUCGCCUUCUUUGACUCCAUCAUCGCGGAGCUGGACACAGAGAAGCGGCCGCGUACGGCGGAGGCUGACCUGCCCAGUGAGGACGUGGACUUUGAUGUGGCCACCAGCUCCCGAGAGCACAGCUUGCACUCCAACUGGAUCCUUCGGGCGCCACGGAGACACUCUGAGGCCAUUGCUGCCCGUGCCGUCCACACGCUAGAUGGCCAGCUUUGCAAGAGCAGUGAGCAGAGGACCAUGGGAACCCAGAGGAGACUCGAGAGGCACCCCAUUUACUUGCCCAAGGCUGUGGAAGGGGCUUUCAACACCUUGAAGUUUAAGCCCAAGGGCUGCAAAAAAGACCUGGGGAGUUCCAGACAGAUCCUCUCCAACCUCUCUGGAGAAGACAUGGAAUUGGAUGCUGAGCUCUUUGCCCUGGAGCCCCUGGUGUCUCCAGAGGAGGACUUCUAUGAGACGGAGAACCCCAAAGGACAGUGGCUUCUGCGGGAGAGACUCUGGGAGCAGGCUGUGCCCUGA